AUGACCAACACUAAUGGUUCAAGGCCAAAAAUUACCGAUAUGCCAAUCCUACUGGAACCAUCAUUUCCUAUGUUUACGCCACGUCCGCUAAAAGAAAAUUUAAAUAAACGAACAGCAAAUUUAAUCUUCGUUAAUACAUCACCCCAUAAACUUAUUUUUAAAAUUGUUCCAAAUUCCACCGAUAUCAACUAUUCCAUUCGUCCCGAAAUUGAUUAUUUAGCACCAAAUGGUUGUCGUUUUAUUGGCAUUUCAAUAAAUGAUGCACCACAACCAAAAAGAGAACAUGAUUUUACAUAUAAAGUGUUAGCAUUAAAUUCUACUGAAAGUUUUGGAAAAUCAGCUAUGCAAUAUUGGGAGCAGAAUCGAUUAGAAAAUAAUGGUCAUUUAUUACAAGAAGCACAAUUUGUAUGUUUGGAACCAGAAAUAGAAUCAGAAUUACAUUCAUCGCAUAGUAAUGCAUCACAUAAAUAUGAUGAUAAUGAUAUGAAAUUAUCAUUAUCACCUGAACAUAAUACUAAACGAAUUCGACGAUAUACAACACUUCUUGAUCAUACUAUAAUUUCAAAUGAUUCACAACCAAAUUCACCUGUAUAUUACAG